AUGGACGACUUCUUAGUUUACGGGCAAACAUAUGAAGUCUGUCUGAACAAUUUGGAGAAGAUACUAAGGAGAUGUGAAGAGACAAAUCUUGUGCUAAACUGGGAGAAGUGCCACUUCAUGGUGAAUGAAGGUAUUUUGCUCGGGCACAAAGUCUGCAAGGAAGGGCUGCAGGUGGAUAAGGCAAAGAUUAAGGCCAUUGAAAAGCUCCCACCACCGGAAAAUGUGAAGGCUAUAAGGAGUUUCCUGGGACAUGUAGGAUUUUAUCAUCGUUUUGUGAAGGACUUUUCGAAGAUUGCUCGACCAUUGAGUAUGUUGCUGGAGGUCGAAAGAACAUUUGACUUUGAUGAACAAUGCCUCAACGCAUUCAAAAUACUGAAGAACGCAUUGAUAACCGCACCUACGUUGAUCGCAUCUAACUAA